AUGUCUCGUCCCAUCCAGCUGUUCAACGCUGCCAUGGCCACUGGUGGCUUCGCAUCACUGCCUACAGAAGUCUUUUUUACGAUCCUGGAGAAUGAUUGCCUCAGCCUCGAGGACAUUGCCUCCCUGCGACUGACGUGCCGUUCAUUCAGCGAGUCCAGGACCGAUCUGCAUUUGAGAACAUCUGCCGCACUCCUCAUCUUGCCCAACACGUUCGGGAGGUCGAAUGGUCGGAACUCGCUUGGUUUCCCGGUUCUUUCAACCGUUUUGUCUGGGCCAGUCCCGAAACACGAGGCCCCGCCGCAUUGGAAUUACAAGGCAUGCUUCACAAAACCGUGA